CCAUGUUGUUAGUCGCGCGCCACGUAUUUCCACGUUGGCAGACCAAUAAUUCUUCUCUCUUUCUCUUUUGUAAAACCCUUGCAAAUGAUUUGACGGCGCUCGCUCGCAAUCAGGUCAGGGCGCUACCAUCGAUCCAGCUCGCGCAGCAUCAAUCCAGCUGGCGGCAUCGAUCGGGACGAUUGCAAGAGGCGAGGAUGAUGAGCAUCUUGAGAUCGAGAGCGAGCUUGAAGAGCGCGGGCAGGAUAAUCUGGGACCGAGGGGCCGUGCAAUGCUUUCAGCAUUGUAACCGGCAUUUUGAUGCUCAUGGCGGAUUAUUCUCUGGACUGCCUGCUCGAUCGUCACGUCUGGCCGGAGAAAUAAGGCGAGAUGGAUGCCGAAUUUCUUGUGCUCCAGCCGCAAGCCAAGCUUUCGUCGCUACUUACGCGACUGAGAUCGAGAAGAAAACCGACGCUUCCACGCAAAGCACGAAAGCUGCUGCUACUCCGGCCACUGCUAAUGUUCUCGUGGAAGAGAAUGCUGCUGAUAUAAAGAUCUUGCGAUCGCUCACUGCUUACAUCUGGCCAUCUGGGAACUUAGAGUUUCGCAGGAGAGUCGUCGUCUCGCUGGCUCUUUUAAUUGGUGGCAAGGUUCUGAACGUACAAGUUCCAUUUCUGUUCAAGCAUGCGGUGGAUGGUUUGGCUGCUGCAACGGGAGUGUCACAAGAAGUGACUCUGGCUUCUGCGGCUUAUGCUGCUCCAGUCUCUGUGCUUAUCGGUUAUGGUCUUGCUCGAGCAGGAGCAUCUGCAUGUAACGAGCUUCGUAAUACAGUCUUUGCUAAAGUUGCUCAGGGAGCUAUACGGAAUGUGUCUCGCCAGGUGUUCCUUCAUCUUCACAACCUGGACCUUAACUUCCACCUAAGCCGACAGACUGGAGCGUUAAAUCGAAUUAUUGAUCGAGGCACGAGAGCCAUAAAUUUCAUCCUCUCAUCGAUGGUGUUCAACGUGGUGCCCACUUUUCUGGAGAUUUCAAUGGUUGCAGGCAUUCUGGCUUACAAAUUUGGAAGCUCGUUUGCAAUCGUGACUACUGUUACCGUUGGAGCCUAUACGGCAUUUACACUGAUUGUGACACAGUGGCGAACAAAAUUCAGAAAAGAAAUGAAUAAGGCCGAGAAUGCUGCUGGUACCCGAGCGAUUGAUUCGUUGAUUAACUAUGAGACUGUGAAAUACUUCAACAAUGAGAAGCAUGAAGUGGAUAAAUACGAUGAGCAUAUACAGAAAUACGAGCAUGCUGCAUUGAAGACUCAAAGCAGCUUGGCUGCUCUAAACUUCGGCCAGAAUGUGAUCUUCAGCGCCGCAUUAUCUGCAGCAAUGAUCAUGUGCAUUGACGGGAUUUUGAAAGGAUCAAUAACCAUUGGGGAUCUUGUUAUGGUCAAUGGUUUGCUCUUUCAGUUGUCUCUGCCCCUUAAUUUUCUGGGUACUGUCUAUCGUGAAACGCGACAGAGCCUUAUAGACAUGCAUGAAAUGUUUAAACUUCUUGAGGUAAAGCCGGACAUUGCUGAUAAUCCCAAUGCGAAACCAUUGGCAUCACACCAAAGAAGCAUAAAGUUCGAUAAUGUUCACUUCGGAUAUGGACCAGACAGACAGAUUUUGAACGGAUUGUCUUUCGAAGUUCCCGGAGGAAAGAGUCUUGCUAUUGUCGGGUCUAGUGGAAGCGGGAAGUCGACCAUUUUGAGAGUUCUUUAUAGGUUUUACGACUGCAACUCUGGAACGGUGAAGAUUGGCGAUCAGGAUAUCAAAGAUGUGACGCUGGAAAGCCUGCGAUCUUCUAUUGGAGUAGUACCGCAAGACACGGUUCUUUUCAAUGAUACUAUCUUCUACAACAUUCAGUAUGGUCGGCUAUCAGCAACUGAGGAAGAGGUAUAUGAAGCCGCUAAACAAGCUGCCAUUCAUGAGUCAAUUCUCAAGUUCCCAAAGCAAUAUGAAACCAUGGUUGGCGAGAGGGGGCUGAAGCUGAGUGGAGGAGAGAAGCAAAGAGUAGCGUUGGCAAGAGCAUUCCUCAAAUCCGCGCCAAUCUUGUUGUGUGAUGAAGCAACGAGCUCUCUGGAUUCCACAACCGAGGCAGAAAUUCUAUCGUCUCUCAAGUCGCUCGCGGCUGACAGGACUGCCAUAUUCAUCGCUCACCGCCUCACUACAGCAAUGAACUGCGACGAGAUUAUUGUCCUGGAGAGUGGCAAGGUGGUGGAGCGAGGAUCACACGAGACACUAGUGAGUAACAAUGGGCGGUAUGCUCAGCUCUGGAGCCAACAGAACAGUUUGGAAGCGCAGGACGAAAGCGAGCUGGAGCACAUCAAUAGUAGCUGAGUAAGUUUUGUAGCCAUGGUUUUUUUGAGCGAAAGAUCGGAGCUGGAAGGUUAGCGUUCGCCUAACUGAGAACGAAGAAGCUCAUUAGAUGUUCUUACUUCGUUUGACUAAAGACAUUUGGAUGUUCUCUUC